GAUGGAAACCGGCUUACGCAACCGCCUGUUGGUGAAACGGAGUUAAGAAGGCCUUGUUUUACCUUCCCGUCAUUUUGAAGGGCGAAGAAAGACAUAGAGGUGAAAAUUUACUCCGCCGACAUGAGUCUAAACGAUAUAUUUCGAUCUUUCUUUGGCAUACGACCGCGGGAGGAUAUUUCUGCAAGACCGGACGUCUUACCAUUUGAUGACGAUGAUCAGGAAAAUGAAGGUGGUUUUGGAAAUAUGGAUGAUAUCUUCAGACAUUUUCAAGGAGACAUGAUGCAACAAAUGGAAGAAAUCCAUAGGCAAAUGGAGGAUAUGUUCAACAACUUAGGAGUGACAGAGUUUUCAUCUUUGACCCCAGGGCCAGAGAACAGCCUCAGUCCACCUGAUGGAGGAGACCUAAGGGACAAGAUGUUAAAGGCAAACCCUGACAACCCCAGUAAGGAGGAGUCUGGGCAUACCAGAGAGCCUCUCCAGCCGUUUCCAGGUUCCUCUGUAUUUGAGGGAAUGUUUCGUCUGCCAAACUGGAAUCCUGUGAAAUCACAUGAGAAAAAAGACCAAGAUCUGGAUAACGAAGUGAGUGCGGGAGACUUGUCUAAGCUGUUUGAAACUUUGGGGUCAGAGGUCGUCCCACGUCAGCCUCCCUGUGACAGGCCAAGGGUGAGGUCAGGCUUCCACAGUGUUUCUGUGCAGAAGAUACAUAAGCCUGAUGGGACAAUAGAAGAAAGACGAGUGUCACGGGACUCUGCAGGAAAUGAAGAAACCACAGUGACCCGAUCCCUUGGUGACAAGUCCCACACUAUCAUUACGAGGAAGAACUCGGCUGGAGAGGAGGAAGUGGUUCAAAAUUUCACAAAUCUUGAUGAAGACAAACUUCCCCAGUUUGACAAGUUAUGGGGACCAGAUCAGGGCAGCCUUCCACUGAUUAACCCACCUUCAGACAAACUCUCAGAUUUCUCUCUCUUCAAAAAGUUUUUUGGCUUUGAUAAACCAGACUCCUCCAGGUGAAGAAGCUGUGACAAAAUGCUAUAAUUAAUUUAAAUAUAGGAAAUGGGACAUGAAAAGGAUGGAAGGAGAAAAUCUAUUUAUUUGACUCAAGUGUUAUUCCUAGGAUAAUUAUUUCACUUUGAAUAUCAAGUUAUCAAUAGCUUUAUGGCUGGUUAUUUUUGUGUACAUAUGUUUGCAUGUAUGAUAGAUGUGUGAAGCCAGAUAUAUAUCAUUGAGUAACGGAUACAUUUGUUUGAUGAAAACGUGUUAAGACAAAGUUUAUCAAUUGUAAAUACUUGUAUCUAAGAUUUUUCAUAGGAAGAACUACUGUAAAGGACAUUCAGUGCAAAUAAAACGGUAAUUGUACA